ACAACUUAUUUCUUUGCCACAAUUUCAGACAAAACACUUUCGUGGAAACCUGUUGCACUCUUUUGUCUUUGACGAAAGAAUCAUUCCCUCUUCUCCAAGUAUCUAUCAAAACUGCCCCACCACAGCACGUCGUUAAUUACCAAACUCUCGUCUCACUUUCCUGAGAUCACAAACAAUAAAAUUUCCCGAUAAAAUAAAGUUGUCCCAGAGCUGAAAAAAAAAAGCUAUUAUGGCUAAUUCCAUGGACCAAACCGACUCUUCAUUUUCCUUCUCCGACUUCCCUGAAGACAUCCAGCUUUGCAUCCUUUCCUUCUUGUCCCCACCCGAGAUCUCCAGUUUCGCCUGCAGCUCAAAACGCUCCGUUUCCCUCUGUCGAAGCGACACCAAGUUCUGGUUCACCAUGUGCCAACGCCGGUGGGGCUCCAAGACCCAGAUCAAUAAAUGGGGCCGUGGCAACAUCACCUACAAGCUCCUUUACAAGACCCUAACCCAGUGGGAGAAUCUCAUCGGCUUCUGGCGCCACUGCGGUCGACCCAACCUCUCCGGUCAAUGUCCGGGGUUGAUCAUUUUCGAGUGGGGUCCAUCGUUUGUUUCCGGUUCCAGGGUUUGUCCUUCCAACGACGGCACCUAUCAUGUCACCAAAGCACCGUUUUUGUGGAUGGGGAUCUCCCCAGACGGGCAAAUCGUAAAUUUUCUCGAUCUAGAAGGACAAACUAAAGUUCCAUCCGGGGAUUUCGACAGUUGGUUGGAAUUUGUCUGUUUGGACCAAAAUCUGGUUCCAGUCAAUGUCAAUUUCAUGGGUAACGAUCACUUUAUAGUUGAAGAAAAUUCAACCUUUUGGCAUAGUAGUAAAAGUAACGCUGGGUUUAGAAGGAGUUCAAGUUCAAAGAAUUUGAUAGAAGAUAGUGAGGAAGUUAUUGUUGUUGGAGCUGAGAGCGGGAGCCCUGGGAGCUUACCGGACCGUUUGAUAUCGGAAAUGUAUACACAUUUCGCGAAUAGGAUAAGUCCUGGUGGAGAUAGAGCGUGGAGGAGGCAGAGGAAGAAGGAGAAGGAAAGGCAAGGGAGGAGGAAAUGGGAGCCUGAGCAUUUUCUUAAAGUUAUUGAUUGCUUGCCUACUCCGGAUAAGCCCUUGCAGGGUCUUUGGAAGGGAAUAUCUGAUGACAUGAACUUGAAUUUUUAUCUUGUUAAAUAUGAUGAAAUUGGGGGCAUAAUUUGCCAUAGGGUUGGGGACUUGUCCUCCUAUGCUCCUCCAGUGUUCUGGACAUCAGAACCUAUGUUAAUGAAGUCACCAUUUUCUCCUGAGGAAGAACAUAUCUAUGAUGAUCGCAUACAUAUGCAGCCACUUGCAGCUCAGGAUCACGUUCAUAGUCAACCUGCCAUGACAGGCAUUGAGAUGGUUUCCCAAAUUCUGCACAUCAACUCAAGUUGCAAUUUAACAGUUUCAGGCUUGACAGGAUCUGCUGGUCUCCAGCAUGGAGAAGGAAGGAUUUGGAAGUACAUGAAUGGAACAUUUGGGUUUGGAUUUCUUCAGGACCAUUUUAUUAUAGACCUGAAACAUCUCAUCCAAGGUUUCUGUUCAAAGGAGCUCAUAAAUAUGGGAACACACAUAUAACCCAUAUACAAGCAGGCGUAGAGGCUUCAAUGAAAUUACCUCACCAUCAACUGGUUUCUCUGGCUUUGCAAUUUUUGGGGUACCUAGGAAGAAAAUUGGAAUUGAAGUUGAAAGUCAGCUAGAUCUGUCCAAG